GAUGGGUUGACAGGUGCGUGACAAUCGGAGCUCUCUGCAAGCAUGUACGCCAAAGGCAAGAGUAGCAACGUGCCGUCCGACAGCCAAGCCAGAGAAAAGUUAGCUCUGUAUGUGUACGAGUACCUGCUGCAUGUAGGAGCACAGAAGUCAGCACAGACCUUUCUCUCAGAGAUCCGAUGGGAGAAGAACAUCACAUUAGGAGAACCUCCGGGGUUCCUCCACUCAUGGUGGUGUGUUUUCUGGGACCUGUAUUGUGCGGCUCCAGAGAGAAGAGACACAUGUGAACACUCCAGUGAGGCCAAGGCCUUCCAUGACUAUAGUGCUGCAGCAGCUCCCAGCCCCGUCCUAGGGAAUCUUCCCCCAGGAGAGGGCAUGCCUGUGGGGCCAGUACCUCCAGGAUUUUUUCAGCCAUUUAUGUCACCUCGGUACCCAGGAGGACCCAGACCACCCCUCAGAUUACCCAAUCAGGGACUUGGAGGAGUCCCAGGUAGCCAGCCUAUGUUACCCAGUGGCAUGGACCCCACAAGACAGCAAGGACAUCCAAAUAUGGGAGGACCAAUGCAACGGAUGACUCCACCCAGAGGCAUGGUACCACUAGGACCCCAGAACUAUGGAGGUGGGAUGAGACCACCACUGAAUGCCCUGGUUGGUCCCGGGAUGCCUGGCAUGAACAUGGGACCUGGUGGGGGUAGACCCUGGCCAAAUCCUCCAAACUCCAAUUCAACCCCUUACUCUUCUGCAUCUCCAGGAAGUUAUGUGGGACCUCCAGGAGGAGGUGGGCCACCUGGGACCCCAAUAAUGCCAAGUCCAGCAGAUUCAACCAACUCUGGUGACAACAUGUACACUAUGAUAAACACAGUCCCUCCAGGUGGAAGCCGACCAAAUUUCCCUAUGGGUGCAGGUGGCGAUGGUCCAUUAGGGGGAAUGGCUGGUAUGGAGCCCCAUCACAUGAAUGGAUCAUUAGGGUCAGGUGAUAUGGACAGUCUCCCCAAGAACUCUCCUGGUAACCUAAGUAUGAGUAACCAGCCUGGGACCCCCAGGGAGGAUGGAGAGAUGGGAGGAAACUUCCUUAACCCUUUUCAGAAUGAAAGUUAUUCUCCAAACAUGACGAUGAGCGUGUGAAGGCUCUGGAGGCACAUUUGGUCAGUCACUCAGUAAGCUGGUGUGGAUCGGUGAAAAGCAGAGGGACAGGAUGUGAUGUCAUCUAGGCCAGUGACUCUUCCUCCACCACCACCUGCAUAGUCAGGACUUUUGGCCAAGGCUCCGUCCUUCUACUAUCCCCCCAUCCCUCCAUUGUUUCUGUCCACGUCUCUUCUCCCCUAUUUCUUCUCCCGUUCUAAGUGGUGACUCUGCUACAUUGAUCAGUUCUUCCUCUGAAACUAUGAGACUGUACAAAGGAACCAAAUUGAAACAACCCAGAGGAGAACUCUUUGUAUAUUUGCGUACAGUGUGUAUGAGACUGUGCACACACUCCAGUCACAGUCACAGACAGAUGUCUCCGCCUUUUGCAUCAUAUCACACCCAGAAAGUUCAUGCCCAGAAACAAAAGGCCAUUUAUCCUAAAUUAUCCAUUUUAAGGAUCUAAAGAGAUACAAAUACUUUUUGAUUGAUGAUGAAAUUUAAUCUGACUGGAUGUCACAAGGACCAUCUUUUGUCUUUUCUUGGCAAAUUAUUUUGUCCAUUACUGGAACAGAGACAUCACACUCAUUUUACCAUGAGGUUUAUUUGAGGCUUGUGCAGAUAUUUGUAGUCUAGUAAUUUAAAGUCUUUUCAAAUGUUGUGGUUGUCUAAGAUGACCACUAACAUUGUAUUUUAUGUUUUAUACUAAGAAGUUUUUCAAUUUUCAUCCCCAAACUUGGCCACAAAUGUGGAAAAUGUAAGAUAUAUUACUUCUGCCUCCCCCGUAUCACAUGUUUGCAAGGCCUGAUUUGGCAAAUGAAGUGCAGAUCAGAGUCAGCUCUUUGGUCAGACUUUAACCCUGAUUUGCAGAAAGCCUUCAGCACAUCCUGGAAUAUUUGCCUGCAUUUUGAAUUUAAAGUCACAUUGAAUGGUUAUUGGGGGAAAAUAACUUUUUCAAGGCUUAAAGUGAGACUAUGUUAAUUGUGUUGAACAGUGGCCAGUGUUGCUGCAAGUGAUGAUUACAGGAUAGGAUAAUGGUAAAUGCUAAGACCGAUACAGUGAGAGUCAUAUGGUCCAGUGAUGGAUUAAAAUGGCUUAGUAAGUGGCCCCAUUAUAGCGAAUAUCUAGCUAAAUUUUGGUAACAUUAGCUAACAUUCAGCAAUCAAAAGCUACUGGUCAUACCAGAAGUAAGGCUCAGGAAGCAAAACCCCAGAAGUGUACUGAACUGAGAAAUGUGAGUUUUAUUGCUUAUGAAUUCAACUUUCUAUUUCGUAAGAGUAAUAAUGUUUUUUUCUUUAUCCAAAACGUACAUAACUGGAGAGAGCAGUGAGGAUAGGACUGAAAGUUUUUUCAUAAUCAAGUGUUGCCUCUUUCGGUAUUCAGUGAUAAACCUUUUCUUGCGAUUCAAAGAGCAAGACUCCCCAGUAUGAGCGGUAUACCGAAUUUCCUUUUGUAGGAUUUUAUAAUCUGUCCACUGCACGAUCACAGGACAAAGUUUAAAAUGGGGAUGAGCAAAAGAUACUGCAUGUGGCCAUGUUAUUUAACAAAAAGGGGACACUGAACCUGUACAUGUGAUUUGUUGGUUUUGUUUGCUGAGGCCUGUCUCGAAUCUAGUUAUUUAAACCUUUAUCCAAAUGUCCUGGAGCCGCAACGUCCCACAUUCUCUGGAUGUCAAAAUAAGAGAGAAAAAGAACUCAAAAACAGAUGACCAUUAUGGAUGGUAAACUGCAAGACACAAGCUUAUUAAGUCACUUUGGUCACUCAUACUUUAUUGUCAUCCGGAUAAACUGUGAUCUCAGUGUGAUGUAAAAGGUUGGUUGGUACAGAAAGCUAAAUAAGCUUGUUUUUAAUCAAUGUUUUAAACUUUUUUCACUGCCCAAGAUGUAUUAUCAUCAUGUACAAAAGGUUGAUAUGCCUGUGAACAUUCUCCUUUCCCCUCCCUAACUGCAAAGUGUACAGCUCACAAAUGUAGCUCCUCUGUCUUGUAUGUGUAUUUGAUAUUAUUAUUAUUUAAAGAAAAAUCUGGAGGGAAUUAUUGCAAAACGGAGGGAUGGACUGAUGAUGCACCAUCACAACUGAACAGAGAUAUUUUAUUUUGUUUUGUGCUAGACUGAAGCCAUAAGUGGGAGUACAAGAAGAUGCAUUUGUAAAUUGGAUCAUGUUUUCUGUUUUGUGGCAGUAUGUGGGACUCCAUUUGUGAUGUGUUCAUUUUCUCUUUUUUAUUCUUGUAUUAUGUUUUUGUAAAUACACAGAGAAGUAUUUCAUGGGUUUUGAAUAUGCUAGUAUAAAUCUUCUCUUCCCUUA